CUCGUCACAACGCUCACCAGGGGGCUUCACGAUCACCGGGGGGCUUCACGAUCACCGACGGCGCUUUUUUGCUUUGGUAGUGCUGCCCUCUAUCUACUUUCCUCGCUCUUUGUCUACCCUCGACUCGAGCCUUUUUCUUGCUAUACCCCUUCUAGCGUCGAUAUCUCUUCGCUCGUCGUCAUGUCUGAUCGCACGGUCAAACUCGACCUUAGUGCAGGCAGUACAGCUGCUGGUGGUACUGGUGGUGGCCGACGUCCUGGCGGCAAUGAUCCGAACCGUACUCCGCCCGGCAAGGGUGAUACAGACAUGCCUCUCUAUCGGUACCCCCGACGCUCUGCUCAUGACCACAUCCUAGAGUGGCUGAACGCGCAAGCCAAUCUCCUGGUAUCUCGGAAGUUCCUAAUUACCUUCGCGCAAUAUCUCUUCGAACUCCAGCGACGCGGCAUCGCGCUCGGCCCAGUCGUCCGCACUGCCGCCAUGCGGAAGGACUCGAAUCACGACCUCUCUGUUGCCCGCGAACUCGAUAUUGCCAAUCCUGAUGGUCUCACAGUCGGUCAGUUCUUCGGACUUGGAACUAAGAGAGGCUAUUACGACACCAAUAUCGCGGCUGGCAUGCAGCAGGCAGCGAAAGGCAGUCGAGCCUAUGGCUCUGACACCAAGAACGGUCCUGUCUGCGGUCGUUGUGCCAGCCCAACAGCUGGGAAGGUCUUCAAGACCUAUCGCCAGACUACUUAGAACAGCCACCUAAUAAGCAGUGGUUCUUGCAUGAACUGCCUGUUCGAUGGUAACGCGUCUCAGUGUUCGAUGAGCCGUCCUCAGAAUCAGCGUGAUAACGAGAUUAACCCUGCUAAUAUCAUCGACCCAAACUCUCGCGUCCUGCGCCUGCGCGCUCGGCCAACCUC